AUAAAAAAUCAGUUGUGUUUGUCAAAGUGACAGCUUGUUAAUUAUUUUUGUUAAGAAAAAUCGUUCAAAAUGGAGAUAGAUUGCGAUGAGUUGUACAAAUGGAUCGACGAGCACCCCAUAACAAGGCAAAAAAGGAAUAUUAACAGGGAUUUCUCAGACGCAGUACCAUUAGCAGAAAUCCUCAAACAACACUAUCCAAAAUUGGUAGAACUUCACAAUUACAGUCCUCAAAACGCUAUACAGCCAAAAAUUAACAAUUGGAACGCUUUGAAUAAAAAAGUUUUGCGUAAAUUACAGAUAAAUUUAACCCCUGAAACUGUAGACAACUUGUCCAAAGCGGUACCCGGCACAAUCGAGAAACUUUUAUACGAAGUCAAGAAAAAAAUCGAAACUUUUGAUUGUGGGGAUAGGAAUAUAACGAAUACACCUGGAAAAAUUUAUUAUUUAGAGGGUUUAUCUAAUUAUGGUUCUAUAAUUCCUAUAAAAGUCAAGAACGGUUCUAAAAUCGUUGACCAAAAAAUGGUCCCCUCAGAAAUAUUUGAUAAAAUGGAAAAAGAUCUUGCAGAGAAGACAGAAGAAAUUAUAAACCUUAAAAACAAAGUAGAACAUUUAGAAAAUCUAUUACACGUUAAAGAUGAAAGAAUAAAUGAUCUGACGAACCAACUACAGAACCUUGAAAACGAUCCAAACUCUCCCAACCCCAAAGGACGAUUUUUUAACAAUUUAUUUUAAAUAUAAAUCCAGAAUUAUA